UGUGCAAUUCUUUCUCCAGCUUUUAAAGUGAGAGAAUUCUCUGUGACAGAUGCUAUACCGUUCCCAAUAUCUCUGUUGUGGAACACGGAAGCAGAGGACACUGAAGGGGUUCAUGAGGUGUUCAGCAGAAAUCAUGCAGCACCUUUCUCCAAGGUUCUUACGUUCUAUAGGAAAGGUCCAUUUGAGUUAGAAGCUUUUUAUUCUGAUCCUAAUGGAGUCCCAUAUCCUGAGUCAAAAAUUGGUAGGUAUGUUAUCCAGAAUGUGGCAGCCCAGAAAGAUGGAGAGAAGUCUAAAGUCAAAGUGAAAGUCCGUGUCAAUACUCACGGCAUUUUCAGUGUGUCCACUGCAUCCAUGGUAGAACCAGUUAAAAGUGAAGAGAGUGAAGAUGUUGGUGUUGAGACUGAAGUGGAAUCUCAGGACCAGAGGCCUACUGAAAACUCAAGUGAUAAAAAUAUCCAGCAAGAGAACAGUGAGGCUGGAACACAGUCCCAGGUACAAACUGAUGGUCAGCAAACGUCACAGUCUCCCCCUUCAUCAGAACCUCCCUCUGAAGAAAACAAAAUCCCAGAUGUCAAAACAAAUGAGAAGAAAGGUGAUCAGCCUCCAGAAGCUAAAAAACCCAAGAUAAAAGUGAAGAAUGUGGAACUACCUAUUGAAGCUAACUUGGUUUGGCAGUUAGGAAAAGAUCUCCUCAAUAUGUAUAUUGAAACAGAGGGUAAGAUGAUUAUGCAAGACAAACUGGAAAAAGAAAGAAAUGAGGCCAAGAAUGCAGUGGAGGAAUAUGUGUAUGAGUUCAGGGACAAGUUGUCUGGACCAUAUGAAAAGUUUGUUUGUGAAAAGGAUCUGCAGGGAUUCUCUGCACUCCUAACAGAGACAGAAGGCUGGCUGUAUGAAGAGGGUGAGGAUGAAGCUAAGCAGGUGUAUGUAGACAAAUUAGAGGAUUUAAAGAAAUUAGGUACUCCAAUUGAAAUGCGCUAUCAAGAAGCAGAAGAACGUCCAAAGCUGUUAGAAGAACUGGGACACAGGCUCCAGUAUUAUGCUACAAUAGCUGGGGAAUUCAGGAAUAAAGAUGAGAAAUACAUCCAUAUUGAUGAAAUGGAAAUGAUGAAAGUAGAGAAGUGUGUUAGUGAAGUGGUAGAGUGGAUGAAUAAUGCUGUGAGUGCUCAGGCUAAGAAGAGUUUAGAUCAGGAUCCGGCUGUGCAUUCAAGUGAAAUUAAGGCAAAGCUACAGGAGGUAAACAAUGUCUGUGAGCCUAUUGUGACACAACCGAAACCAAAGGUUGACUCUCCUAAGGAAGAAAACCCAUUAAAUGAACGGAGUGAUUAUAAAACUGAAGACAUGGGAGAAGAUGAAAAAAAUUCUGAAAUGCCUCAACAAAAUGGCGAAUGUCAUCCGAGUGAUCAAAACACCAUUAGCAUGGACUUGGACUAAACCACUGCACUUGCAGCAAGUUAUUUCAUCCCAUGACAGAAGAUAUUUUUGCUGUCGUAUGUGAUGGGGGGGUGGGAAUGCAUUGUUUUGGGAACUAUUUAUAUUUUUUUCUUAAGACUUGUCUGGGAUACGUUGUGUUAUGGGAGGAAGAGUAGUAAUAGUGUUGGUCAUGACUAUCCUAAAAGGAAAAUUGCCUUGGUAACUUUCAGAUUCCUGUGGAAUUGUGAGUUCAUACUAAGCUUCUGUGCAGUAUUUAACCAUUUGCAUCACUAAAGAUGAAAAGAAGCCCUUGCUCCGAAAUAUACUGCUCCUUCAAAAGGUUGUAAUCGAAACCUUCGUAGGCAUUUGUAGAUGCCAAGGUAGUUUUCUUUUGUCUGGACAUCUAAUUGGGUAUGUCAAUAAAAAGCCAGUGUCUGUCCUGUUCAUAAGGACUUUCCAGAAGAAAUCCUUCUGUUCUAAGGUUUUUGAUUUUUGCAGUCCAAAGCACUUACCAGAUAAUAAGAUGGUGAAAUGUGUUAGUAGCAUGCAGAAACGCUUACGUUUCAUCUCUUGCUAAACAAUACAUUUUUCAUGUGGGGUACAUAAAAUGAAGGAAAUGCUAAUUCUGUUAGUGUUAUUGUGAAGCUUUUUAAUGAGCUUUAAAAUAAAGUUCAUUUUACUGGUA